AUGUUUCGUAUACCGGCUCGGUUCCAGAGUAGUGCAGCCACCGUCGACCCUCACAGCCUUAUAUACACACCUCCAGGGCAGACUGUGUUAGUGACUCGCACGACGGUCGAUGUAUCGACGAUUGAACAUAAGAUGAAAAUUCAUCUUCUUCUGCUUCUGAUAAUACCAUACAAAGUUCUGAAUCUGCCGAGUCGAAUAACAAAUUCGAAACUACUGGCCCCAGCUACGAGUGAGUCGCCAAUCGCGAUCCUAUCAAACGUCAUACCACCCACGAGGAAAAAGAAGGGUCCAAAUUUACCAUACCAGUACCAAAUACAACAACUCUAUGUACCAAAUCUACAUGUGAUACCACUCAAUAGUAAUACUAGCCACAUUAACUCAAUACCCGUGUUCAUACCAGUUCAUAAUUUGCUGCCAGUACAUGACCUGACUGUAAUUCCUCUCAGGGUGACUGAGAAUGUGUACAGAAUGAACGAUCGUGAUCUAUAUAGAAAUCCCCUGGGUGGGUACGGAGUUGGCUGGCGUUUUGGUGGACAUGGGGCGGGUCAUGGCUUUCAUUACGCGUAUGGUUAA